GCGGUGGGGGCGCCGCUCGGGAUCAGAUUUCAAGACCGGCUUGGCCGAGACCUCUCCUCCCCCGCGUGGCUCCGAGUGUUUAUUACAAUGGAAGAAAUCAAUAAUUUCAAGACACCAAGCAAAUUAUCGGAAAAAAAGAAAUCUGCAUUAUGUUCAACUCCAUGUAUAAAUAUUCCUGCCUCUCCAUUUAUGCAGAAGCUUGGCUUUGGUACUGGGGUAAAUGUGCACCUUAUGAAAAGAUCUCCAAGAGGUUUGUCUCAUUCUCCUUGGGCUGUGAAAAAGAUUAACCCUAAAUGUAAUGAUCAUUACCAAAGUAUGUAUCAAAAGAGAUUAAUAGAUGAAGCUAAGAUUUUGAAAAACCUCCAUCACCCAAACAUUGUAGGUUAUCGUGCCUUCACUGAAGCCAGUGAUGGUAGUCUAUGUCUUGCUAUGGAAUAUGGAGGUGAAAAGUCUCUAAAUGACUUAAUAGAAGAACGAAAUAAAGACAGCCAAGAUCCUUUUCCAGCAGCCAUAAUUUUAAAAGUUGCUUUGAACAUGGCAAGAGGGUUAAAGUAUCUACACCAAGAAAAGAAACUGCUUCAUGGAGACAUAAAGUCUUCAAAUGUUGUAAUUAAAGGUGAUUUUGAGACAAUUAAAAUCUGUGAUGUAGGAGUCUCUCUGCCACUUGAUGAAAAUAUGACUGUGACUGAUCCUGAGGCCUGUUACAUUGGCACCGAGCCUUGGAAACCCAAGGAAGCUUUGGAAGAGAAUGGCAUUAUUACUGACAAGGCAGACAUAUUUGCCUUUGGCCUGACUCUGUGGGAAAUGAUGACUUUGUCUAUUCCACACAUUAAUCUUCCAGAUGAUGAUGAUGAUGAAGAUAAAACUUUUGAUGAAAGCGACUUCGAUGAUGAAGCAUACUAUGCAGCUUUGGGGAUGAGGCCACCUGUUAAUAUGGAAGAACUGGAUGAAACGUACCAGAAAGUAAUUGAACUUUUCUCUGUAUGCACUAACGAAGAUCCUAAAGAUCGUCCUUCUGCCGCACACAUCAUGGAAGCUUUGGAAAUAGAUGUCUAGUGAUCCCUGCAUAUUCAUGACUACUGCCUUUACGUGAAGCUCAUGUAUAGAACUGUUCUGUUUACUCUAAUACACUAUAGAGUUACUAUGAUAAGCUGUAAUUAUUAGACUUUUUGGAAGUGACCCACUUUAGGACCACAGCGCCUAGUUAACAUUUAAACAGUUGUAUUUGUUAAUAUGCUUCUGAUGAUAAGCAUUUGAGAUUAUAGGUUUUCUUUUUUUCUUUUUUUUUGAGAUUAUAGGUUUUCUAUUAAGUUCAGGACUAGCUACUUAUGUAUUUGAACGUUUAUAUAUAUAUAUACAACACUAGCAGUAAUACAAUGCUAUAAACUCUAUGUCUAACAUUAAUUUGCA